GGUCUCGGCUAUCUUUAGAAGGGCUUAGACUGGCUCAGAGUGACAGGUCCACCGAAGCGAUAACAUUACUGGCUGGCACUGGGAGACUCCACUAUUUAUGUUACGCUAAAAGUGCGUUCCAGCCUGAAGAGGAUGGCGCAAUGACUCCUCUCGGCUCUUUUCUGCCUCCGUUAACGGGAGAAAUAAGCUCGAGGAUGCUGCCCAGGCGGAUGGACCGGUUGUUCUCCGCGCUGCUGUUCGGCGUCCUUCUCGCCGCUGUUAGCGCUAGCAUUCCAGAUGCUUCCUUUACUGAUGUCGACGAACAAAUCGACUACCUGUCUUCAGUCAUUGCAAAGCAGCAAGUCUCAGAUGUCAGGGAGUCAGACUCUCCUAAGCCGAAGAGUCAGUCCACGCCGAAGAGCGUGUCCUCUAACCUGAGUACAGUAAAACCAGUCACACAAAGCCCCUACACCUCGACCCAGCAAACCUUCAAACCCCCUGUGGCUCAGACGAAGGCUCCGGGUCAUGGCAAGCACAUCGGCACGACCUUUCCAGAAGAUGGCCUGAUCGUUAUCAUGAUGUCUGCGUUCAUCAUUUUGGGGACUGUGGCUCUCAUCGCGGCGGCUGUCUGUUGGUUUCGGAUACAGAGAGAAAGCCAUUUGACUCAGAAAGUGGACUACCCUGCGUUUCACACAGUGGGAAGCAGCUCCUCUAGCAGCAACUCGUCGGGGGACAAGAAGCUGGCUCACAGUGCUCAGAUGUAUCACUACCAACAUCAGAAACAACAGAUGCUCUCAAUGGAAAAACACAAAAUUGAACCUAAAGUCUCCGAACCUGGAGUUGCGUCAGAUGAGGAAACCGAAGAGGGAGACUUCACUGUAUACGAGUGUCCUGGACUCGCACCGACUGGAGAGAUGGAAGUGAAGAAUCCACUAUUCGACGACUCGACCUUACAGAACGGCAGGAAUCACAAGUGAUGCGAAAAACACCCAGCUAAACACAUCCAGUGUUUCCUUUCCACCUGAGAAAACCUUACCGAUAUACACGCACACCUCGAACGCAUAUAAAAGCACACACACAGACACACUACACCCAUCCAACACUGGACAAUGAUUUCUUGUUAGCUUAGCUCUUUAGAGCAAAAUAUAAUAGGGAAAACCUAUUAACCCCCCCACACACAACCCCGCCCCCCCAAAACCAAAAGAAUCUGAGGCCUGGAUGAAAAUAAACUCAAAAGCUUGUAAACAACCUGAUCGAACUGUUCAAUGCAUUCUUAAUGAACACCGUGUACUCAGACGGCCUAGAAAACUUCACUUGUACCGGAUUUGUCAAUUUUGUUAUGUUUGUGCAGCUUAUUAUAUUAGUUGACACUUUUUUUUUUUUUUUUUUUUGUUUCAAGCUGCUUUAUAAAUUUUAAACACGUGUUUUACAUACACUACAUACUUUUAUGAAUAGAAACUUUACCAAUCAUGAGUUAAAACUUUUAGAAAACGUUUUUGUCUCUUGUAUACGGUUCUGUAUCUUCUCAUGCAUUUAAAAGCUUAGAUUUAUUUUAUUUUUUUUUUAAUCUUUUAUCAGGUUUUUCUCCAUUUUCGUCUGCUGUCCCGUUCUUGUCUGUCUACCUCUCUAUUUCACACUUUGCCACUUUUGUCUGUUGUCGUGUAAGCUUCUAUUCAGAUCGAAUAAUGAACAGACUUUUUGUGUAUACAGCACAAGCAGCAAUGAGGCAUCACAAUACUUAAGUCACUUUAGUAUAAAUAAAUAUCCUUGUUAAACAGG